GUGUGACGUCACUCCUGUCUGACUUCCGAGGCGAGCCGCUCGCAGCAUCAGUUUUCAGUCCGGGCCGAUGGAGUGCCACGAGAGCGUCGUUUCCUACCUGAGCUGGGCUCUGAUCGCCGGGGGCGUGGUCUUCCUGUGGCACCAGACCCGGAGGCAGGUGCGGUACGGCCGCUACGUGCCGGCGGAGUCCCGCUGCUUCCCGGCCAGACUGUGCUGGUUCCUCCAGGAAGUCCCGGCCUUCCUGCUGCCGCUGCUGCUGCUGCUGCUGACGGACGAGCCGCCCCGCGGGCCGGGGAGCACCGGGACCGGGAGGACGCUGCUGCUCUGCACCUUCAUGCUGCACUACUUCCACAGGAGUUUUAUCUACUCCUUCCUGACCAGAGGUCGGCCCGUCCCCCUGUUCGUCCUGCUCUGCGCCGCCAUCUUCUGCUCUAUCAAUGGCUUCCUGCAGGGACACCACCUGCUGCACUGUGCCCAGUUUGAAGACACCUGGCUGACCAAAGCUCGCCUGGCUGCAGGUUUUCUUCUGUUUGUCGUUGGAAUGAUCAUCAACAUCCACAGCGACCACGUCCUGCGCAGCCUGAGAAAACCUGGAGAGAUCACCUACAGGAUCCCCCGAGGGGGGGUGUUUGAGUUUGUGUCCGGCGCUAACUUCUUCGGGGAGAUUGUGGAGUGGUGUGGUUACGCCGUGGCCGUGUGGUCGUUACCAACCUUCGCCUUCGCUUUCUUCACAGUCUGCUCCGUGGGGCCCAGAGCGCUCCAGCACCACAGAGACUACCAGAAGAGGUUUGAGGAUUACCCUCGCUCCAGGAGAGCUCUCAUUCCUUUCUUACUGUGAGGACGAACCAGUGUCUGAAUCAUGAACAUCAUCUCAGCUCUUUAGUUUCUGUCCCUCUCUGUCUCCGUCUGUCUCUCUGGACGGACGACGCCUCCUUCAUCACAUGACAUCAGUAGCACCAGAUGUGUGUUGAUGCGUUGAGUGUUAUAAUGUGUUGUAAACAUCAGGAGACAAACGCAGCGACUGUUGGUUUGUGUUUUUUAUCUGUUGACAACAACAAUCUGGUCACAUGAGUCGUUUUGUUUCUUCACCUUCAGCCUCGAUGUUGAUGAUGAUGAUGAUGAUGAUGAUGAUGAUGAUGAUGAUGAUGAUGAUGAUGAUGAUGAUGAUGAUGAUGAUGAUGACUAUGAUGAUCAUGAUGAUGAUGAUGAUGACUAUGAUGAUGAUGUGUUACACCGUGGUGAUGUUGUCUUGUCCUGGGUUUGUUUUGUCCUGUCAUUUCCUGUUUUAUUUUGAAAAGUAACUCUCCUCUUGUUUCAGGUCACUUGCCCUUCCUCAUGUGUCUCGGUCUGAUUGCCCUGAGUGUUUCCACCUGUCCCCUAUUUCCCUCCAUGUGUUUAAAUAGUCUGUGUUCCCCUUGUCUUGUGCCAGAGUGUCUUCGUCCUGCGCCCCAGCCUUUGUCCAUGUCCACAGCCAUAGUGUCCUUCCAAGUAAGCCGUUUGUACAUCGUGAAGAGUGAUUUUUUGUUUGUAAUUUCUUGCCUUAGCUUAUAUUCAUAGCCCUUAGUUUAUCUUAUUUAUUAUCUGAGAUCCGCUGCUUGGUGGUGUGAGUAGAUUAUUUAGGUUUAUUUUUUAUUUAGUCAGGUUUUUCCUCCUUAUGGAGCGUUUUGUGUUUCCCUGUUUGUUUCUUUUGAUUUGAGCUUUUUUCUCCUCCUGGAGUGUUUUUGUUUCUCAGGUUUCAGAGUUGAGUGUCUGGUCUUUUUCAUCAGCCAUUUGUUUGUCACUCUGUCUGAGGUCUCCGGUGAUUUCAAUAAAGCCAAUUGUUCACUUA